AAUUCACCUGUCAAAAUUAAGUGACAUAUACACUCAGCGUGCGUUUGUUUACAAUUAAUUUGCCCACAAGUUUUCCCUGAGAUUUCACGAUGUCCUCUUGGAAAAAGGCUGCAAAAACCAAUCAGAAGACUCAUCGCGAGCGGCACCAACCUGCAGCGCGACAACAUCUUGGUUUAUUGGAGAAGAAAAAGGACUAUCAACUACGGGCGAAAGAUCAACACGACAAGGAUGAUACCAUCAAAUUGCUGCGAAAGCGUGCCCUGAACCGCAAUCCCGAUGAAUUUUACCAUCACAUGAUCAACUCCAAAGUCGUCGAAGGGGAACACCACGAAAAGCAAAAGGACGACGAACACACAACGGAACAGCUGCAAUUGAUGCAAACGCAAGACAUCAAGUAUGUCAUCGCCAAACGGACAAUCGAAUCAAAUAAGAUCAAGAGAUUGCAAUCGGAGCUGCAUAUGAUCGAUAUUGCCAAUACCGUUCCGAAUCGUCACACAUUCUUCGUCGACACUCCGGAGGAAGCUCGCAAUUUUGAUGUGGCCAAGCGCCUGGACACCCAUCCAAUGCUGUUGGACCGGAAGACGAAUCGCACGAAAUUGAGUGAUUUAGAAAAGUUGAAGUUGCCGAAUUUGAGCGAAAAGGAGAUGAAACGACUGAAGAAUCUACGGGAAAAUUCAUACAACGAACUGAAGAAGCGAAUCGAACGGGAGAAGGAGCUGACUGUCGUUGUGCAGAAAAUGGAAAUGAAGCGGGCGUUACAAGAGAAGCGAAGUCAGAAGCCGAAACGUGUUGCUGCCGGAACGAAGGAUACGGCGCCGAUCUAUUUGUUUAAAUAUGAGCGAAAACGAUGAUGGUUUGAAUAAAGGAAUGAUGUGUACGGUAUUACAAGA